AUAUUGCCAAGCUCCUCCAUCUCACCCAACGAUUCCAGAGCAUGCAUGCGGCCUCCGAGCCGGUGUAGCUCGGGAACAUUUUGAUAUUAAUACUGUGUUGUGACUCUGAAAACCGGCAUCAUGGAGGCUGUUAAAGCAUUUAACGGCGAGCUGUAUUCGCUCAAUGAAUACAAGCCUCCGAUCUCCAAAGCCAAGAUGACCCAGAUCACAAAGUCAGCAAUUAAAGCUAUAAAGUUCUACAAACAUGUGGUCCAGAGCGUUGAGAAGUUCGUUCAGAAGUGCAAACCAGAGUACAAGGUCCCAGGGUUGUACGUCAUUGACUCAAUUGUACGACAGUCACGGCACCAGUUCGGUCAGGAAAAAGAUGUGUUUGCGCCACGGUUCAGCAAAAACAUCAUUGGAACCUUUCAGAACCUCUACCGAUGUCCAUCUGAUGACAAAAGUAAGAUUGUCAGGGUCCUAAACUUGUGGCAGAAGAACCAAGUCUUCAAAAGUGACAUCAUCCAGCCUCUGCUGGAUAUGGCGGCUGGUCUGCCACCCCCCAGCGUCACACCAGUCACUUCCAGUUCUGCUGCGCCGGUCAACAGCACUACUCCUGGUACUCCUGCCACUCCAGCGACCCCUGCUAACAUAGUGCAGAGUCUACCAGACUGGGCCGCACAGAUAUCCAACACGGAUACGGUGGCUGCAGUGGCUCAAAUUCUACAGAGCCCCCAGGGCCAACAGCUCCAGCAGCUUGUGCAGAGUCUGCAGAUGCAGCAGCAGAAGCCGCAGCCGUCCCUGUUGCAGGCGCUGGACGCAGGCCUGGUGGUACAGCUACAGGCCCUCACCGCCCAGCUCACGGCCGCCGCCGCCGCCAACACACUCAACCCACUGGAGCAGCGGGUCUCCUCCUUCAACAAGAAACUGUUGGGGCAGUUUGACUUUGGGAAUGAAGCUGAGCGGCAAGAGGAGACGAAAAAGGAAACGGCGCAGCCUCAAUUGCCCAUGGUGUCUGAGUCCAUCAACAGCUCCAUCUUCCAUCAGUUGGCUGAGCAGCUGCAGCAGCAGAAUCUGGAGCAGUUCCAGAAGCAACUGCUGGAACACCAGCAGCAUCAGCAGAAGACUAUGUCGAUGGAGAGUCAAGAAUCCCUGUAUGGCCCAGAUAACACAUCCACGCCCACACAGGGCGGCAGCCAACUCCAGCUACCGGAGACAGACUCCAAGAUGGAUGACUCCAUAGACAACCAGCAGCAGGACAUGGACAUAGAUGAGGGGCAAGACACUAUGGACGAGGAGAUGUUUGAGACCGAUGAGAAGAAGACCAGUGGCACACGCUCCAGGUCUCGCUCCAGGUCUCGCUCCAGAUCUCCCCGCAAAAGACGGUCAAGGUCACGCUCUGGGUCUCGGAAGCGAAAACACCGCAAGCGCUCCCGCUCCCGGUCACGAGACCGCAAGAGGAAGUCCUCACGCUCCUAUUCCAGUGAACGCCGCGCACGAGAGCGAGAAAAAGAGCGACAGAAGAAGGGGCUCCCUCCCAUACGCUCCAAAUUCCUCAGUGUUUGCAGCACUACUCUCUGGGUGGGCCAAGUGGACAAGAAGGCCACACAGCAGGACCUCACCAACCUGUUCGAGGAGUUUGGUCAAAUUGAAUCAAUCAAUAUGAUUCCCCCCAGGGGCUGUGCCUACAUCUGCAUGGUGCACAGACAGGAUGCCUACCGUGCACGACAGAAGCUCAGCACCGGCUCCUUCAAGAUUGGUUCCAAGGUCAUCAAGAUUGCAUGGGCACUCAAUAAGGGUGUGAAGCAGGAAUAUAAACAGUUCUGGGAUGUGGACCUUGGCGUUACCUACAUCCCUUGGGAAAAAGUCAAGCUUGAUGACCUGGAAGGCUUUGCUGAAGGAGGAAUGAUUGAUCAAGAAACCGUUAAUAGUGACUGGGAGGCUCAGAAGAAUGCCGAGGCAGCCAAGGAGACACAGAGCCAGGCUGCCGCAGCUGAGGCCAGUGUUGUCACUAACGCCCAGAGCGAGGCCUACGCCCAACCCGUCACCAUGAUGCCUGUACAGAUCCCCGUGGCACAGUCUGCUGUCCCUGCGGUAGGCCUGGUGCCGCCUUCGUUUCCGGUUACCAUGGCGAUGCCCCCGCCUGGCUUUGGUCCUCCUCCGCCUUUCAUGAGAGCAGGCUUCAACGCCUCUCAGCCUCCACCAGGAUUCAUGCCUCCAGGAGUUGCUCAGACCACUGUGGGGACUGGUCUCCAAUCAGCCGCAGCAUCACUAGUGCAGCCUUCCAUGUCUGGCACACAGGAGAGCAGUAAGGACUCUCUGUACGGAGCUAUGCUCCCCCAGGCUGGCUUCUUGCCUCAGGGCAUCCCUGGAGUCUACAACCCUUUGGGAGUCCAGCAGCAGCAGCAGCAGCAGCAACAACAACAACAGCAGCUGCAGCAGCAGCAGCAACAGCAACAACAACAUCAACAGCAGCAGCAGCAGGGAGGCAUGGAAAAAGCACAGCAGCCUUCAGAGGGCAUGGACGCCGGAAGUGCAGAGCUCACACUGCAAGGGAUGCAUAACGCGGUGCGCAGCGGCAUGGGUCUGCUUGGCAUGCACCCCUCGACAGCUCUUGGCCAUCAGCUCACAGGCCAGAGGAUGCCUGGCCUUCUGCCCUUGGAGCUCCGGCCCAAUCUCCUUCAGGGUGCCAAUGCCCGCUUUCCACUGCUCAUGCAACAAGGCCUUUCCCACCAGGCCAGCCUGCUGGACGCCUCCCUCCAGGCGCAAGUCCAGGCACAGGCCCAAGCCCAAGCUCGUCUACGGGCCCCCUUCCAGCAGAUGGAGGCCUUCAGCAGGGCCUCUAACACCCCAGCUGCUAGCACAGACAAGCCUGAGGAGGAGGCCCCAAGCAGGGCAGAGGGCAACGCUCAGCAGGACGGAGACCAGGACUACCGCUUCCCCCCGCCAGAGAAGAAACAGAGCACCGGCCUGCUAAGGACCCCCCCACCCGAGAUGCGGGAGCCGGCCACCACCAGACCCCCACUCCUGGAGAGACCUCCACGACCCUCGCUUCUAGGGGACGGUCGCAAAGAAGCCCUGGCCGGAGGCUUCCGAGGCGAAAGCCGUUGGGGGCCACCCAGAGGAGACUUUGACGAGCGGGACAUACGGGGGUCCACGACGGGGACCCCCAAGGGUUUCCAGGAAGAACGGCCGAUGGCCAACUUCCCUAACCGCUUCGAGAUGCGUAGUGGAGGAGCAACGGCAGCAGCAGGAGCCUCAGCGUCUGCUGCUGCAGGAGGAGGAGGAGGAGGAGGAGGAGGUGGUGCUAGUGGGGCAGGAUCUGCAGCAGGAGGUCCUGCCUGGAAUAGAGGAGGUCCUGCCUUCAACGCAGAUGUCCACAAAGACUUUGAUGACAGGCGGCGACCGUGGGAAAGGCAGAGGGACCGUGACGAGCGAGAGCGAGACUUUGACUUCCGAAGGGAGAUGAACGGCAACCGGCACAGCAGAGAGAGGGAUCGGGAGCGCGAACGGGAGAGGGACAGGGACCCUUGAGAGGGCCCGAGA